ACAAUGGGGAAGCAAGUUGAGAGGAAGUUCACUUGGGUGAUUAAUAAUUUAUCCUCUUCACAAUCAGAGAUAUUAUAUUCUGAUUCAUUCGUAAUUGGUGGAUGCAAGUGGCGUCUUAUUGCCUACCCCAAGAGGAAAUGUCUCAAUAAUUUGACUUUGGAAGUUGCUGAUUGUGAAUAUUUUCUUCCUGGAUGGAGAAGGCAGGCAAAUUUUUCCCUUACUAUACUAAAUCAGGUUUCUGAAAAAAUCUACAGACGACAUGUAACACAGCAUUGGUUUGAUCACAAGAAUCCUGAAUUUUGUUUUACACUCUCGGUAAGUACCCCUGGAUAUCUGGUGGAUCAAGAAGUCAAAAUUGUUGCAGAGAUAGAUGUUCGUCAAGUUGUUGACAAAGUAGAUGUCCAUGGAUUCCAAGUUCUUCCUUCACAUGUAAACCGUUUGUUUGAAAAACAUCCGGAGAUUGCAUCAAAGUUUCGUAUAAAGAGCCCACUUCUGAAGACAGCAUACAUGAAUAUCCUACUCAGCUUGACUGAGACUCUGCGCCUACCGCCUCAAAGAAUCUCGGAGGAUGAUUUGUCUGAUGCAGAAACUAAUUUGGCAUACAUGACAAAAUUAGGGUUUAAGUUGGAUUGGUUGGAGAAUAAAUUUGGUGAAGUAAAAGAAAAGAAGGGGAAAGAGAAAGCCGGUGAGAUUCGGAUGCAAUGUAUUGAGGAAAAGUUAAAGGUUUUGAAGCAGAAGUGCUCAGACCUUGAAGCUCUUCUGGAGAAGGAGAAGGCAGAGGUUUUGGCUGCUAGAGCUCCUGUAUCGUUGUCUGAUGACGAUGAUGUUGUGUGA